AAACGAUCACCCCGGAAGCGGCGGGCACACUCGUUGGUCAGCUGAGCGAAUUGUUGACAAAGCAAAGUUGACCGAUGCCGGUGCAGGAACAAGCGCAGACUAGAGUCACUGGUUCGAUAAACUACCUCACGGUUCUCCCUCUUCUCCUGCUCAAAUAGCAACAUUUGCUGCUGUUGUUUUUGUUAUAUCCGGCUUUUCAGACGAACCCGUGGCAAACGCAAACACAGUGAACACGGAAGACGGGGUGGACUAUUUUGUGCCGUCGCAGGUAUGGACGUAGACGACGAGAGGAGAGGGCUGCUGGACGAGGAUCUGACAGGACUCGUGUCUGAGCAGGACGCGUAUCUAAGCAAAGUGAAGAACAGGAAUUUAUACCUGGCCACAUUUGCAUCCGUUCUGGGUCCUAUGAGCUUCGGCUUCGUGCUGGGCUACAGCUCUCCUGCACUUCCUGAACUCAUGCAUAUCGCUGACCCGCGGCUACAGCUCAACAACAUCCAGGCCUCCUGGUUUGGGUCCAUUGUGACAGUGGGAGCAGCAGUGGGUGGCUUGCUGGGCGGUUGGAUGGUGGAAAAGAUUGGCAGGAAGCUCAGCCUCAUGUUCUGCUCGCUGCCCUUCGUCUUUGGCUUCACUGUCAUCAUUGCAGCACAGAAUGUGUGGAUGCUUUAUAUUGGCAGAGCGCUCACUGGCCUCGCAAGCGGAAUCACAUCGCUGGUUGUCCCGCUCUACAUCUCGGAGAUGGCACACGAGCGGGUCAGAGGAACCUUGGGCUCUUGUGUGCAGCUGAUGGUGGUGCUCGGCAUCAUGGGAGUUUAUCUUGCAGGCCUCUUCCUGGACUGGCGGUGGCUGGCGAUCUGCAGCUCCAUUCCACCAACACUUUUAAUGGUCUGUAUGUGCUUCAUGCCGGAGACACCUCGCUUCUUGCUGUCGCAGGGCAAAAGGCAGGAGGCUGUGGAGGCACUACGCUUCCUGCGAGGGCCAGAUGCCCCCGUUGAAUGGGAGUGUGCUCGUAUCGAGGAUGCUUGUGACGAGCGGGGCUCAAAUUUCCAGGUGUCUGACCUGAAGGACCCUGGCGUCUACAAGCCUCUAAUGAUUGGAAUCAUGCUGAUGGUGUUUCAGCAGAUGACUGGGAUCAAUGCCAUUAUGUUCUAUGCUGAGAACAUCUUUGAACAAGCACAUUUUAAGGAAAGUGACCUUGCAUCCGUGAUCGUGGGUUUGAUUCAGGUCAUCUUCACUGCAAUAGCAGCAUUGAUCAUGGACAAGGCAGGAAGGAAAAUCCUGCUCAUCAUCUCAGGUGUUGCCAUGGUAAUCAGCACCACUGCAUUUGGGGUUUACUUCUACCUGAUGUCCAGUGGGGCCUCGCUGGACCUUCUGCUGAUGGACGCUGCUGGUGAAAAACCUCAUACUGACCUGGCCUGGCUGGCCCUUGCAAGCAUGGCCAUCUUCAUCGCAGGCUUUGCUCUGGGCUGGGGUCCAAUCCCGUGGCUUGUCAUGUCAGAGAUAUUCCCUGUCAAAGUGCGAGGGUUUUCCAGUGCCAUAUGCGUACUGACAAACUGGAGCAUGGCGUUUCUCAUCACCAAAACCUUCCAAGAUAUGAUGAAUCUUCUUACCAGUGCUGGAACCUUCUGGUUGUUUGCCUGCAUGUGCAUUGUGAAUGUCGUCUUCACCAUGGUGUUCAUCCCAGAGACAAAGGGCAAGACACUGGAGCAAAUUGAAGCCAUAUUCAGAGGAGCAGCAGGUCCAUGACGUGAACUGACUAAACAACCUCUCAGCUUUAAAGUUUAAUCAAUGCACUUCAAUGCAAUCAUUUGCAGUUAGGGUUGUGCGGAGAAACAGCAAUAUCUUCUACAGACCUUUUGAAAACUGCACUAAAACACUUACAGAGCCAGAAAAACCACGAAUGACAGGGAAACUCUGAACCCUGGUGGUGAAGAUGAAGCAUUCAUAAAACCAGACGUGCUAACUUCAGUUUCCCAACUCUACACUGCCCCCUCAUGGCCUCACAUCUGUAAAUCACCGAUGUCAGUGAAGUGCUUCUGAUUUUUUCUAAGGUGUUGGGACAGUAUGAGGAUUGUAAGGACAUUUUAAAAUGAAUUUGGUAACAAAGCAUUUGCUGCUUUCUAGUUUAAAAAGUGUAUAGGUUUAUAUAUCAUCUCAAGAAAAGAGACUCUGCUAAGCUAAUUAAAGGCAUCAUAUUUUAAUGGAUUUAAUGGAUGGUGCAGAAUUGUACUUGUUGGGAAAAAAUAAUUUUAUAUUUUCCUCAUCUAUUUUCACUCUAGUUCUCACCUUUUUUGGUUCAUUCAGUUUACAAAACAUGAUGAAACACAACAUUGAUCAUAAAAGUAAAUUACAUUUUUUCUUGAUUUUGAUUUCUAUUUGAGAGUGGAAAUCACUUGUGCAUUGCUGGAGCUUGCAGAGAUCUGCAAGGUGCUUCAAGAACUAAACAUGGAACUAACACAAUAAUAAUGCCAGUAAUGAAUUUGAUGACUUCUGCAGAAACAAACUGAUAAAUUCUGUGGGAAGUAAAUCAUCAUGAAGUUUGAGCACUGGACGUGCUGAUAUAACAGCUGUUUACAUGAUCGGAUAAAUGAAGUAAAUCAGAAAAGAUCAACACUAAAUAUAAUCACCUCAUUUAAAAGUUGUAAAGUCUCUGUGAAAGUAUGUGUAUGUGGCUGAUUUGAUUUUGUAAUGAUUUUUCUGUUGGGAAAAAGAAAAUGUCUCAAACUUGAUUUCAUAUUUGAUUUCAUAUGUUUGAAUAAGUGACGUUUUACACUUGUUUGGUGUUUGCCUUUUGUUUUUGCUAUGAGUUACGAUAAUCCUUUGUCUGAAAUAUUUUUGAAAUAUACAGUUUGACAUCUGUCUUGAUCCUACUUAUGUCCAUUUAUUAAAUUAAAUACAUGUUUACUUUAUUAUUAGUUAUAAUUAACUGCUUCUUUUUGAUUAUAAUUUACUUUUUUUCUAUCUUUUUAUAACGACAUGGCACUAGACUGCAGCGCUGUGCAAGAGUACAAGAAACAAGUAAUGGACAUUUUAAAUUCUGAUUUUGCGCAUUACGACGUACUUGAAUUUUCAAAAUAAAAGAUCUGUCAAGUGUA